AUGCGUAAAAGAAAGUGCCAGCCACAACCACAACGAGAACAAGAACAACAACAUGAUAUAGGGAAUGCAUAUAUAGAGAAUGACGGUGAAGCCCCAUUAUGUUUUUCCGGCGGUGUCUCUACUCAUACAAUUAAAGGAGCCUCUUUAAAUGCAGGAAAUACUUCAAUAAGUUCUGUUGUUUGGGCUCAUCGAAAUAAGAGACGAUCAAUUCGUGGAGAGGAAGAUCAGACUAUGAUGGAUAGUAAAUGUGCAAACUCUACAAGUUGGUAUUUACCAAUGGAGAUGGAAGAUAUGUCCCACAAUAAAUCUAUACCUUCUCAGACACCAUUACUGUAUGAAUCAGGUAAUCAAGGAAAGUAUGAUCCCGCUGGUAGUUCUGUUAUUUCCUUUAAAGGUAUUCCUUUAGUAAAGGAAAGAGAUUUAUCUGAUAUUCAAAUCUCAUUUCCUGAGAAUGAUCUUAAUUCUCCACCAUACUGUACAGAUAAGAGUUCUGGGAGUAAGAUUAUUACCUCACCGUUUGUGUCAGGUCCAAUCCAGAGAAGUAAUUCACUCUAUUCAAAACCACAAGAUGAGGAGGAGGAGGAGGAUGAAAAAGAAACAGAAAAAGAAAAAUAUAAACAACAACAGCAAGAACAACAACAACAACAACAAGAUGAAGAAGGAGAAGAAGAAGAAGAUGAAGAAGAAGAAGGGAAAAGAAAAAAAAGAUGCUGUUACCCUUCUCGACCAUUACCCUUAUCAUAUGUUGUACUCCCUUACUCCAUUGUUCUUAUAUUUGUGGCGGUGUUUUCAUCUGUAAUGCCUUACUAUGUGACUAGAAAUAGCAUUACCAACUCUAUGGAAGAUAUUCAUCGAUAUGUUCAACUGGAAAUAUCUUCACAGAUAUUGAAUUACUUUAAUAUAUCCAGUAUGUUAGGUACCGUUAUAGUAGGACUUUAUAUUAAACAUGAAACCCAACCAAGUCCAAGUGAUGAUUGGGUUCCCAUGGGAUUUGAAAUGACUCAACGAUUGUGUUCAAUGCUUUCAUUUGAACGUAUGUGGUUUGUUAAACACAUUUAUAUUGCUUCUCCUACAAGGAAUGAAAUGGCAUUUUGUGCACGUGGAAAUCAUAAUAAACAUUUCUAUACAGUACUAAAACGACCAGGAGAUGGAGCUUUAUACCGUUUUGUCGCUAUAGAUCCCAGUACAGUGACGAUUAUAGAUCCACCUUUAGUGAUAGCAGAACUGCGAAAUCCAUUUACACUAAAUUAUCUCAUAAAUAAUCUCACUAUUACGGGUCAAUUACUAGCCGAGUGGAAACAACGGUUGUUAAAGGGAGAUCAACAGCAUUUACGACUGUGGAAUAUUGAGAGAUUUCUGGAUAAAAGUUACAUGUAUACACAUCCUUUUCUAGAAAAGGAUGGUAAUGUAGCAUUUAUAAAAGUUGCCCUUGAUUUUGAUCAAGUGGUGAAAACUAUAUUUUCUCGACUUAAAGGUACACACAGUAAAAUACGAGUAGUUCUCUUAGAUAAUAAUGCCAAUAUGAAAGUUCUAGCUACAAAUUCGGAAUCCUUUGCAGAUUCAUGGAUACACAAAGAUGCAGAAGUAAACCAUUUUUCUUCUGAUCAACCUACUAGUAGCAGUUCAAGUGAUGAUGGUAGUGAUAACUAUUAUAAGGAAGAUAUCUUAAUGAAGCCCGAUUUGACAAUUUGGGAUUUGAAAGAUCCCCUUAUGGUUUCGUUAACUAAACGUAUUAAUUUAAUAGAUGUAGUUUCUAAAGUACGUAAUGGAAACCAUUUCUUCUUAAGGUUUCCUUACGAUCAAUCAAAAGCUACUGUUAGUAUAUCUCUAGUUGAAUCCGAAACGAAUGAAAGUAUUAUUAUGAUGAUAGCGAUGCCUCCGAGAAUGUUUGAUCGUUUUAAAUUUUCUGCUGGUGUUGCUGCCACUGUAUUAACAAUAACCACCAUUUGUGUGAUUAUAAUUGUAUAUGGAUUUAUUAACAUUUGUGUUAGUCGACCAUUACGUCUUAUUGCAGCAGAACUCCGUACAGCAGCGCGAGUAGAAAAUAAUCCCACUCCCAUCACAACCACAUCCACAUCAGGAAUAGCAACAUCACCAGCAGGAAUAACCAUCAUGGGAACAUCAACAACAGGAACAACAGCAGUUGUAGUAGUAGAACCAUCAGGAACAAUUUGUACGCUCAGAAGUUUUCUAAAUAGAGAAUCUUCAUUAUCUGAUAUUCGUAUGCUACAAAAGGCUUGUUUUUCCUUGCAGAAUCAACUUGCUCAUUUACGUUCUUUCCUUCCUCAAGGACUCUUUCAACCAGAACCUAUCGCACGAGAAGAUAUAGCUUCACACUGUGCCUCUAUUAGUUUAGCGGAUAGUGGAAUGGGAAUUGAAAGAAGGAGUAAAAGUGAUGGAAAAAUAGCAACAACAAGUACAACAACAACAACAACAACGACAACAACAACAGCAUUGGCUGGUAUUUCACGUAUAUCUGAUUUUCGUUUUAGUGGAAGUAUGCUUGAUGAACGUAGUGAACAUAUUAAUGUUUUUACCGAUGUUGUUUGUUCUGUUGUCUCUGUAUAUUUUUCAAAUAUAAAAAGUAUUAUAGACCACGCAGAUGAGACGGCAAGUGUUAUCGUAUUAACAUCUACAAAAUAUGGUGGUUGUAUUGAUACUUUUUUACCUGAAUUAUUUCUUAUAAGUUUUCGAUCUGGUCGAAAUAAUCAUCUUGAUAAGUUGGAAGCCACACAAUGUGCAUCAGAAAUUUAUCGAAGUCUUCCUCUUGCCGCACGUCAAUACUGUAGUAUUAUAGUGGAUAGUGGAACCUUUCACUUUGGGGUUUGUGGUGGAACAGAGAAGAAGGAACUUGUACUUUGGGGUCGAUUUAUUGGAUCUGAUCUUGUUGAGAUUCAACGUCGUUAUGGUAUUCCACUUGCGAUUCUUCAUUCUACCGUACCUUUUAUUCGUUCUUGUAUGCAUGUACUUCCCUUUGCCUCUGUUCAUAUGCAAAUACCAGAAGUCAGUUCUCCUGUUACUCUCUAUACACUUAUUGAAGAUUUUCCAGAUACGGUGGUAUGGAAAUCUAUAGAGGAAACUUAUCGUAAAGGGUUUUCACAUCUUUUACAACACGCUUAUGCAGAAGCACGUAUGUGUUUUGAAAGUCUCGCUGUUUCUCCAUAUGUUACUAUGCAAUUGAAUCGAUGUUUACAAUCACAAAUUGCACAGACUAAUAUAGAUGCCAUGAUAGAACCUCAUACACCUUUAUUACUAGUUAAUUCACAACAAAAAAUAACUAGUGGAGAUCGUGGGAAUACAGUAUUAUCUAAGGGAUCUACUACUUCUAUGAAUAAUAGUGAUGAGGGAAGUACAACGGAUGAAAAACAUGAUGUACUCCAUCCAUUUUCUACACGAUGUAUGAUGGAUGGUGAUAUGUCUUGUAGUACAACUUCAACAUGGCGUUCAGCACCAAAUAAAACAAUUCCACAUGAGUUUUGGGAUAAAGAUAAUGUUCGAUGGACAAGAGCGAAUGAACCUUUUCCAGAAUAUCGUCGUUUUCCAGUUUUUCUUGGUAUAAGUGAUACCGGUACACUUUCAGCACUUAAGUUUUUACCCUGUUUAGCACUUGAAGAAACUGGAUGUAGUGAUCCUUCUGAACUUGAAAAAGCAUGGGAACUUUCUAGAGCAUUAUAUCAUGAAAAUAUUGUCCAAAUCCUUGGUUAUGGUAGAGCAAAAGGAUAUAUCUGUCUUAUUAUGGAAUAUGUACCUGGAGGAACUUUACGUGAUUCGGUAAGUCGCUAUGGUCGUUCAUUACCACUUGCCGCUAUUAAAAGGUUCUUAGUAAGUACAUUAUGUGGAUUAGAGUACCUUCAUAGUCGUGGAUUUAUACAUGGUAAUGUCCGUCCUGAGUGUAUUAUGGUAGCUGUAGAAGGUUUAUAUAAAUUACGAGGAUUAACACAUAUCACUUCUGGAGCUGCGAGUAUAGCGGCAUUGCAGAGUCGUUAUUCCUUUGGUGGAAGUGUCUAUUGUAGUCCAGAAGUAUUCGCAACGGGAAAACGAACAGCCGCAUCCGAUAUUUAUGCUCUUGGUGUAUUAUUGUUGGAACUCAUCAUUAAUCAAACACCAUGGCAGUGGACCGAUCGUGCACUCGCAAGAAUGUCAACAAUCCCUACAGGCAACGAUGAACACAAUACACAACAACAACAACAACAACAACAACAACAAGGGAAAAAACUACGAACGGAGUUAUUAUCUGUUUUAUCAGACUUUGAACGAAUGCGAGCGGCCGUACAUCACGGUGAUGUGGCAUUGCAAGAAGUACCGUCUGACUGCGAUCCGUUGUUGCGGGAAGUAUUGAACGGUUGUCUGGCGAGUGAACCCGCAGACCGUCGGACCGCAUCACAGUUGUUGGUAUUGCUCACGAAUGGAGAUCCACUUUCUGUAUAA